CAGGGAUUUCGCACGACUCCGGCGCCUGUCAGGUAAACAUCGCCAGACGACCAGACGAGCAUGACGUGGUGAUUUCUGUGCUGCUUUUAUAAAAAAUAAGUGGUCUUCACACAUGAAUAAAGGAAAUAGCAACCACUACACCCUUCUUCUUCAAGAUGAGGCAGAGACUGAUGGAGUGUGCCUAGAGGAAGAGGAAGAGGAAGUAGAAGAUGGACUAAAUGGUAUUGAGGGGGAAGAAGAAGAGGAAGAAGAGGAGGAUGAGGAGGAAGAGGAAGAUGAGGAUGAGCCCAUGGAGGACAGUGAUGAGGAGGAGAUCUUCAGUAGCAGCAAACACCGCUCUCUUCCACACCAUGAAUGCUCAAACCUCAAUGGCCAAAACCACUUGGGUAAAAAUGGAGGACAUGGAAAUGAGUACCAGCUUUUGAACAACAAUGAUGCUGACCUCAAGACAGUGCUGGACACUCCUAUCACCAUCUGGACACCUACUCCCAUGUCUCCAGCCCGACGAGCAUGUUUCAUUGCCUCCAUCAUGUUUGGGAUCCUGGUGGUGGCAACCUUUUUGUGGGUGUUGCCAUGUGAUGUUCAGCCCUGCGAGGGGGAACUAGCCAUGCGGGACACAGAGUGGGCUGUCAGGAUUGAAAGAAUGGUUAUUAGCCAGACUCAACUAGUACAAAGGCUCACUGGAGGCCAUAAUGUGCUGCUCAGCUACCAUCCUUCAGUCAAUGUAUCCAGUUGGGAUCCAGACAAUUCUUCACUUCUAGAGGAAGAACAAAAUCAGUUUGAUGCCCAGUUUGAGUGUACAAGUUGUGUCCAAGGAACUACUGGCAGUUGUGGUCUUCUCAUGUUGGAUGGAAACUUGGGUAGAAAGAAUUGGCGUGUUCCAAUGAAAGAAUGUGCUGUAGGGCUGCAGUGUGAUUUGCUUGACGUUAGUGGAGAUGGUGUACCGGAUUGCAUUGUUCGAGGCAGCAACACAAUGCUCUUUGUGAUUGAGGUGCGCUAUGGCAACAUCUUAUGGUAUGCCCACUUACACAAGCCAAGUGAUUCUAGUCAUUCCUCUCAACUUUCAACUGCGGCACCACAACUAUCAGUUAAAUUACACAGUCCAGGCCCAGCUGUUCUCAUACCCGAUGUUAAUGGGGAUGGAUAUGAAGAGUUAUUGUUCCCUGGCAGACUUGCUCCUGAACAAGCAGAGUCCCCUAGCCAAGAGUACAGCAGCUCUGAAACCCAGAUGCCUGAGACAGAUCUGUCACCUUACUCAAAUCAUUUGGUUUUAGUCUGUGGACAGUCAGGUAGCAUUCUUGGCUCUCCUUUUGUGUUGAAGCAGUGCCAAAGGAUUCUCUCCACUGUGGUGAAUGGCAAAGAUUUAUCAUAUACCUGUCUAACAUUUGGAAAUAUAGAGGAAGAAGACACAAUAUCCAUCAAAGUUCUGCUACAUCAAAUUUUGGGUGACACUUCCCCUUCGGAGGAGCCUGAGACUUUUCAUAAGUUGAAACAGAUAAACAAUCAGCAUGUCUUAUCCAGCAACAAACAAAAUUUGUGUGAAGUGUUUGUAUCUAAUAAUGGUGUUUGCCCUCAGUGUCAGUCCAAGGUUAAACUGAAAACUGGUGAUGGAGAGGUUCUUUGGGAAAAAGACUACGAACACAGUACUAUAGUGUCCUGGGCACCUCUUCUCUCCGAUGGGAAAUGCCAUGGAGCAAUAUUGAAGGUAUGGGAGUGGAGGCACAUCGCUACUACCGUCAAGACUGCUAAGCCGCCACCUUCCUUGAACCGGAGGACCACGCGCAGCAGCCUGGUUAGUGAAGAAAUGGAAAACUUUGAAACUGAGCCUACAUAUGUUGAAAAAGAAAGUGAAGAUGAAUUUCAUCUGAAAAUUUCUUUAGAAGAAAACAACACUUCAGACUCCCAUGAGAAAUUAGAAAUGCCCGGUGAAGUCUUCCUGAAGGGUUCUCAGAAAGUGAGUCAAGAAUAUCUAUUUAAAACUGAAGGAAGGGACAACCAUGCUGAUUUGCAGCCUCCAACAACACUAGAAAGUCCAAGAGCUAGAAGAGACUUCCUUCAUAAGCUUCCUGAGCAAUAUCAUGGACAUUCAGUCCACAGACAUCACAAGCAAAAUUCCGCCAAUCAUGAGAAUCAUAGCCAACACACACUACACUUUGCCUCUACUGAGGAACAUCUCCCAUCAGAUGAUAUGCGUGAUCAAGAGAAUCUCUAUUCUUCUAAAAAAGCAUCAACAACUGCAUCAGUGCCAAGUUCCUUCCCAUCAAGUAUGAGACCAAUGCAUCCCACUUUGCUUGCACCAUCAGGCUAUCAGCUACAACAGAUACAUGAGCGAUUAGCACUAUUGAGAAGUAAUGGCACAGUUUGGCAUGAAGAGACUCUAACCAGUCUUGGUUUGGGAAUCAUUCGACUCUGCAGAAGUGAAAACUUGUGCUUACCCUCCAUAAAAUCCCACAGCAAAUCAGUUGCUGUCUCUACUGGAGUGAAGGAGAGAAUCUGGCAGCUAGUGUCCAGCAGUACAACAUUUGAUAACUCUGCUGUCAACAGAGACCAGCACCAUGCUUCUCCAUGGACACUAACAUCCAUCGUAAGGAAAAUAAUUGUUUUAGUAUAGUUUGUAUCAUUUGGACACUUGCACUAAAGUUCAUUUGAAAUUGUAGAUACAGGAUAUUGUUACAGGCUAAUGGAAAUCAAAGACUGCCUCUGUUUUCAAUAAAACUUUGUUAUUUUGUAGUUUCUUGUACAAAUUAAGGAGAUAUUCACUACAUGCUUAAAUGAAGCUCAUACAUAAAGAUUAUAUUAGUAACACAUGUAUAGUAUGGCUGUUUUGGGGAGAUUAAUUCCAUAACUUGCUUCAUGCUUUUGUGAAAUAAUAUUACAAGGCUAUUGUACUUGUAUAUUUUUUGCUAAUUAUUCAAAGUGAAGCCUUUCAAGUUUAUAGAUGUACAUGGGACAUUGAACUGUCGACGCUGUAGAAAAAACAAGUUUCCCACCAAUUACUGGUUUUUGAUCGCUUGAGCCUUUAAUUUUUUAUCCAUAGCUAAUGCUUCUCUUUAGAGAUGUGAUACAGCAACCUAUUUAAGUGUUUUAUCAAAAAUAUAUGAUUAAUAACCAAAAUGUCAUACUUCUAACAUGAUCCCUAUACAGUACAAUGCUACCCUCCACCCAUCAAUCAUAAUAUCAAAGUACGUGUUUUAUUGACUUGAAACUGUCCAAAGAAUAUCAUAUCUUCUUAGUUAGGGAUUUUACUCUAACACACACACACACACACACACACACCCAGGCCCUGUAAAAUUACAACUAGGUGAAUACAAACACACACACACACACACACACACACACACACACACACACACACACACACACACACACACACACAUUAUAUAUAGUGACAUAAUAACGAUUUCAUGUAGUGUGCUACUGUUUUCUGGCAGGCUGUCUUUAUUAGGAUUUUGAUUAGAAUUUAUCAAUAUGCUUUGAAGUGCUGCCUAACAGUCUUAUACCUCUGUAGUUGCUGUAUACGUAUAUUUACAUGCUACUUGCUUUAGAAGACCACCUAACAUGUGCCAGCAACCGACUCCUGCAGUAUUGAAUUGCUUUUCUCCACGCUGGCUUACAUAUCAUCAGUACAUGUAGUCCACCACAGAUGCAUUUCCAAAGAUUAAUAUUGCAUUUCACCUCACUUCUGCAUUGUUUCUCUCUCUCUCUCUCUCUCUCUCUCUCUCUCUCUCUCUCUCUCUCUCUCUCUCUCUCUCUCUCUCUCUCUCUCUCUCUCUCUCUCUCUCUUUGCAUUAUUUUCUUGAACCAUAUCUUUAAAGUAAUCAAUCCAUAUUUUUUUUCUUAUGUAAAAGAAAAGUUCUUAUAUCUUUGAAAUUAGCACAAUGCAGCUUACAAAAAGAUAUAUUUAUAUAUUUAUUUUUAUUUAUUUUAUUUGUUUAUUUAUUCAUUUACUUAAUUUUUCAUUAUUUUUAAUCCUUCUUUUACCUUCAUUGAUAGUUCUGGGAAAGGCAUUAAGACUGUAGCAAACCUUUGUAACUACAUUGAGUCUAAGGCUGUUUGUAUCUAUUAUCAUUAAUGUAUUUACUAUUAAUUUUUAUUUUCCUCUAGACAGUUUCUGUCCUUUUUAUUGUUUUAGGGGAGUGAUGAAGCUUGUGGUUUAGAGUGUAUAUAAUAAGAGAAUACCUUGGUCAAAUAUAGAUUAAGCCAUGCCAGAAGUUGGUGUGAAAGCAGGAUGCUAUUCACUGGUAGCUUGGAAUUAGAGCCCAAGUUACUUUUAUAACCUCAUUGGUCAGUUAGCAUAGACAUUGACCUCUCAUACUACAUAGGUACAUGGUUUAUUUUCCAUCCCUGUAUCUACCUUAUUUUGUGAACUACUACUUGAUUUAUUAAUUAUUGGACAGAAGAAUGAUAGUAGAUUACAAAUGUUAAAUCAAGUGUAAAAAGAUAAAAUGAUGGAAGUUGAAGUCGUGGGUCGACAUAUUCUCUCUCUCUCUCUCUCUCUCUCUCUCUCUCUCUCUCUCUCUCUCUCUCUCUCUCUCUCUCUCUCUCUCUCUCUCUCUCUCUCUCUCUCUCUUCAGCUCAUCAUCUUUGUUAUUGUUUGUCAAUUUAUCUCUGAACACAUUUGUGACACGUACUAUUAUUCUUCUAUCCAGUGAUAAAGAAACCAAGUAAAUAUUACAUUAAAUAACAGCAAACUAAGAGAAUUAAAACCUAUUUUGUGGUGAGAUGGGCACAUCUACAUUCAUUAUGUGAGAGGUUCACUGAGCCCACAGCUACAAGAUUAUACUCGUAAAAGCAACUUAGGCUUCUGUUGCAAGCUAUGAGGGAAUUGACUCUAGUCAUAGAUAAAAUAUCCACAAGUUUGUUUUUAUAUAUGUAUAUAACUUUGGAUACAGUGAGUAUUCUCUGCAUAUAGAUGUAAAGCUUGGUAUGAACUGUACAGGUGAAUGGACUUAUGGUUGUUCAAAGGUUGAGUUUUGAACCUAGAAAUGUGCAUUUAUAUGUUUGUUUGGAUGAAAGGGCUUGAGUUUUGGAACAAAUAAGUUUUGUAACAAGUGAUAUCAUUACUGAUAUGAUUUGCAAUAAUUAUAAUGUGCCUCUGAAAACCUCCUCCACAUCUCACUUGGGAUCCUCAGGUGCUUGUAGCGCCUCAUGGAUGCUGUCAUUUGAUAGUUUUCAGAUUUGCUCAAUGAACUAAUUACAGUAUCUUUGCAGUGUCACUAAUUGUCCAACAUUGACUUCAUCAUGUGACAAUUAUUCGUUUUCUUCUGCUAUAUCAUGUCUUGUCUGACCUGUUGAAUCCAUUUUUUCAUUCACACUUGGUUUAUCAGGUAAUGUGAAUUUACUGCUUCCAUUCUCAAACAAACAUAUGCAUCAGCAAAGUACCAAAUGUUCGUUGCUGAAUUUGGGUGUGGCCACAGGGGAGGGGAAGAAUAGGGUAUUCAUAUUCUGGUUUUUAAUUAUCCAUCUACCUCAUGUAAUUAAGAUACAUACAACUAAGACAGCUUUUUGCACAUUCUUUACCUACGUAAAAAGAUUUGCAUUACUGAACAGUAUUUGGCAGUAAUGUGUUAAGCAACAAAAUCACAACACAGACAUGAUACAAAGUAACACAUUGAGCAUGAGUUGCAGUAUGGAAAGUUAAACCUCCUCUAGGUCUUCCCCUUCACCCCACUGUUUCCCUUUUGCUAAGUAUCUGGCCACAACAAUUAGAUUAUGACAAUGGUCAUGCACCCAAGACUUUUCAGGUCUUAGUAGGUGUAAGGACUUAAAUCUCUGCUUUGAAGAACUGGAGACAAGUCAUCUAGGUGCCAAUGAAUGCAUUUAAUAUGUGUGGCCUCAUGUAUGUGCUUUGUGUAUUCUAUGUCUGUCUAAUUAUGACAUGGAAUUUUCAAGUCACUCUACUGUUUCCUUUGUACCGGUGCUUCUGUGUUAUCUCGUCCUGAAGCAGUGUACUGUUGUUUACCACGUCUGCACUUAUUUGCUGGUGGAAGCUCCACUUUUAAUAAUUGUGGGCAGGAAUUGCCCUUGAAUUGCUUAAAUAUAUUUUUCUAACUGGAUCUCUUAGUAAGUAUGACAUAGAUUUGUUGUGUAUGGAGCUGCUUGACCAAAAUUAUAUUAAUUCAGUACAUUCUUUUAUUAGAAAGCAAAUGGGGAUUUCUGCAAAACCAUUUUGGUUUUGUUGUCAUCAAGACAAAAUUGUACUUUUAUAUGAUAUGUACAUGUAUUUGCAAUGUAGUAUAAUUAUUGCAUGCAAGGCUCUGGUUGUGUGAAGAUGCACAAACUGUAAGGUCACUUGUUCAUGACAAAUGCAAUCAAAUAAAUGUUUACAUUUUCUUGUAAACCAGAAACUUGUAUACAAUAUUACAAAAUAAAUAGUCACAGUAAAUGUGUUAACUUAUUAAGUAUAGUCAGUAUUAUUUUUCUAAGAAUUGUUUUAUCUUGUAGAAACACAUUCAUUUAAUAAGAAGUAUGUUAAGUGCUCUCUGCAUUAAAAUAUACUAGUCUAGAAAAAUAAAUCCAAUAUGUGAUAUAAUUUCGGGUUUGUAGCCACAAUGGAAACAAGUUCAUUGAAUGCAAUAACUGGCUGUUGUGGCAUUAAAUGCAUUUUUAUUGUCCAGAUUAUAAAUUAAAAAAGCUUAA